AUGUUCGUCUGCUGCUCCCCCGACGUCUUCAGGAAGCUCAUGGUCCAGUUCCGUCGCGCCGACCUCGCUCACGAAGAAUACGUCUUCUUCUACAUCGACGUGUUCGGCGACAGCCUCAACUCACCAAACAGACAACCGUGGGAGCGCGGGGACGAGGACGACGCGGACGCCAAGGAGGCCUUCCAGAGCGUGAAGAUCCUGACGUACCGCGAGCCUCAGAACCCGGAGUACAGGGAGUUCGUGGAGAACCUGAAGACCGACGCCAAGAGCAUGUUCAACUACACCAUCCAGGACUCGCUGAUGAACAUCAUAGCCGGAGGGUUCUACGACGGCCUGAUGCUUUACACCCGCGCUCUCAACGAGAGCAUGUCGGUGUCUGGGGGUCGACCUCCAGGUAAAGAUGUCACCGAACGGAUGUGGAACCGGACAUUCCACGGUGUGACGGGACUCGUUCAGCUGGACGAGACCGGAGACCGAGAGACGGACUUCGCUCUGUGGGACAUGAUCGAUGCUAACACAAGUGACUUCCAGAUCGUUCUGGCCUAUAACAGCUCAGAGGAACAGUUGACAGCCAUACCUGGGACGUCCCUGCUGUGGCUGGGCGGAGCGCCUCCUCCUGAUGUUCCACUCUGUGGUUUCAAGAACGACAACCCGAUCUGCCUGGCCAAAACCAUCACCAUCCACCAGAUGGUCUCCAUCGUGGUCGUCUUCAUCUUCACCAUGAUGCUGACCGUCGCCGUCUUCGUCUACAGGAGGAUGAAGCUGGAGAAGGAGCUGGUGGCUCAGCUCUGGAGAAUCACCUGGGACGACAUUCAGAUGAGCAACAUGAUCAAAGUUCUGAGGAGCAACAGCAGAAUCACACUGUCACUGCGUGGCUCAAACUAUGGCUCCCUGAUGACGGCAGAGGGGAAUAUGCAGAUUUUUGCCAAAACAGGUUAUUACAAGGGAAACAUCGUCGCCAUCAAAUACAUCAACAGGAAACGAAUCGAGCUGAACAGGAAGGUGUUGUUUGAACUCAAACAUAUGCGCGACGUCCAGAACGAACAUUUGACCCGUUUCAUCGGAGCGUGCAUCGAUCCGCCCAACAUCUGUAUCGUCACUGAGUACUGCCCACGAGGAAGUCUGCAGGACAUUCUGGAGAACGACAGCAUCUCUCUGGACUGGAUGUUCAAGUACUCUCUCAUCAACGACCUCGUCAAGGGAAUGGUUUUCCUCCACAACAGCGUCAUCUUCUCUCACGGAAAACUCAAGUCGUCCAACUGUGUGGUGGACAAUCGCUUCGUCCUCAGGAUCACCGACUACGGUUUGUCCAGCUUCCGCUACGACAGCGACUCGGGAAAAGACGCCCACUGCUACUACACUCAGAGGUUAUGGAUGGCGCCGGAGCUGCUCAGGAUGGAGGCUCCGCCCCCACACGGAACACAGAAAGGAGACAUCUACAGCUUCGGCAUUAUCCUCCAGGAGGUGGCGCUGCGACGGGGGGUUUUCUACCUUGAGGGAGACCCACUCAGCCCCAAAGAGAUCGUGGACCGGGUGAUUCUGGGCGAGUGGCCCUGCCUGAGGCCCAGCUUGGACCCUCAGAGCCACAGUCCAGAACUGGGCCAGCUGAUGCAGCGCUGCUGGGCGGAGGAGCCGACAGAGAGACCGGAGUUCAACCACAUUCAGCUGCUGCUACGUAAACAGAACAAGGAGUCCAGAACCAACAUCCUGGACAACCUUCUGUCUCGCAUGGAGCAGUACGCCAACAACCUGGAGGAGCUGGUGGAGGAGAGAACGCAGGCGUACCACGAGGAGAAACGCAAGGCCGAGGCCCUGCUCUACCAGAUACUACCACACUCAGUGGCGGAGCAGCUGAAGCGAGGAGAGACGGUCCAGGCCGAGGCCUUCGACUCCGUCACCAUCUACUUCAGUGACAUCGUGGGCUUUACGGCCAUUUCAGCAGAGAGUACUCCGAUGGAGGUGGUGGCGCUGCUCAACGACCUCUACACGUGUUUUGACGCCAUCAUUGACAACUUUGACGUUUACAAGGUGGAGACCAUCGGCGACGCAUACCUGGUGGUGUCCGGUGGGAACCUCCACGGCAGAGAGAUCGCCCGCAUGGCCCUGGCUCUACUGGACGGAGUCAGAACCUUCAAGAUCCGACACCGAGCCGAGCAGCAGCUGAAGCUGAGGAUCGGGAUCCACAGCGGUCCAGUGUGUGCGGGGGUGGUGGGUCUGAAGAUGCCUCGUUAUUGUCUGUUUGGCGACACGGUAAACACAUCAUCACGUAUGGAGUCCAGUGGUGAAGCGCUGAAGAUCCACGUGUCGGCGGCGACCCGCGACGUCCUGCUGCAGUUCAACUGUUUCCAGCUGGAGCUCCGAGGAGAGAUCGAGGUCAAGGGCAAAGGAAAGAUGACCACUUACUGGCUGCUGGGAGAGAGCAGCAGCAGCAGCCAAUGAGAGAGGGGAGAGAGCCAGGAGUCAGGGGUCAGGAGGUCGAGCUCCUCCUCCGUGAAUGAAGGACCAGGAACACAGCGGUACAAACGUUAGAGACAGAGAAAAAUAUUUAAUGAAACUGUAGUGAAGAGGAGGAGGAAGAGGAGGAAGAGGAGGAGAACCUGCUGCUGCAGAAACAACAGAUCCUGUCCAGUCCUUCACACUGUCAGACUGCCCCCUGUUGGUACAAAGUUCCCUGUGGACUAACAGGUAAGGUCUGAUGUCACCGCUCUACUGAUGUGUAUGUUUGGUGAAAAUCACAAUAAUGACAUCACAGCUACAGGCCCCGCCUCCCUGAACUCUGGACAGUCACUGAACUAAAACAUGAGGCGGAAGAAGAAGAAGAAAAAAAACUCUAAUAUUUGUCUAAAGUCAUCGUUAGAGACAGGUAAGUCCACAAAGAUGUUAAACCUUAGCUCAUGGUUUUUUGUUGUUUUUUUAAGUUUCCUGCUUUGUCUCUUUUCAUGUUAUUAAGGAUCCGUACAGCAGCUCCAUGAGAACUGUUUAAAAAGUGAGGCUGUUGUCUUUGAACAGGUGUUUGUCUGUGUUUAAAUCCCUGUUAAAGGGAUCGUUUUAAGGUUUGUUUUGUCGCUGUUAAGAGGUACAUGAUAAAAAAACUUUAGGAACAAAACAAACAAAAAAAAAGACAUAGAAAAUAAAAACUUCACCCAAUUCAGUCUGACAGGUUUGUUUUUGAAACUCCUGGUGAGAAACCUAAAUUUUUGUCAGUUUAUAAAAUUACAAGCUCCUCUGCUGUGUCGUCUGCUAAAACUGAAUUAAGGCCUGGAUCAGGUUCUGGCCAAUCAGGACUGUUCCUUAACAUUCAGUUCCCGGUGCUGGACUUUGUUCCUGUGGUUGAAACAGUAGAAUAAGAUUAGUCAAAACUGUAGAUUAAAAUGUUUUUGUCUUGUAGCACUACCGCCCCCUACUGAGAAUUAAAAACUAUAACGUGUUUUAUGAAUGCAGCCAAACAAAUCAUGACAUUAAUCUUUACAAAAAAAAAAAACCAAACAAACCUGAGUUUUUUUUUCUCAAAAUGGUUUAUUUCAAAUCAGAAAGUAAAAAUUUGCAGCUGUUUUUUUCCCAGGUUGUUAUCAUUAAAUAUAUUUUUACAUAUUUUUAUACAAAAUAAAAAUAAACAAAGGAGCUUUUUGUUUAUUUACAGGAGAAACUUUCUGAGCAUGAUGGAUUUAAAAACAAGGAAAGACGCUUGUGUUAGUUUUAAACUUUUACUAAAAAAUUUACACUGUGACGAAUGUGAACAAAUGUGAAAACACCCACACCGUAAUUUUCUAAAAAAAAAAA